AUGUUGUGUUCAAACGGUAGUUCUUAUCUGAAAGAAAAUCGAUGUUUAUUUGGUUUUUAUACUUGUCCUAAAGAAUAUUAUCUUAAUAACAAUAAGGAUAUCCAUUAUAAUGCGUUAACUCUUCCCAUGAUUGGAGCAAUUCUUUAUGAUCUUCCACUAUUACGUUAUGUUUAUGGUUUUAUUUUAAUUUUAUUAGCUUCCAUUGGUAUAAUAAAUAAUAUAUUUUCUAUAAUGACAUUUAUGCGAGAACGUAUUCGACAUACAGUUUGUGGUAUUUAUUUAAUUAACUAUUCAAUAUGUAGUUUAAUAUUAAUGAUGUUAAUUUUAACAAAUAUAAUAACUGCUAUUUAUUAUGAUAAGUAUUUAUUUCGUAUAUGGGCUUGUUAUGGUUAUCCAUAUUUAUCUCUUAUUAUGGUUUAUACAAGUAUUGUGAUGAGUACUGCAAUUGCAAUAGAAAGUGUACUCUAUAUAUGUUUUAAUUUUGAUAAAUUUCGUCGACGUAAACGAUCUUUAAUUAUUUCAUUAUUUUUUUUUGUUAUUGUUUCAUUAUCAAAUCUUGAUAAAAUAUUUGGACGAAGUUUAUUAAUUGAUCAAUCUGGUAAUUUCUAUUGUACAUAUAAAAAAUAUUCAUAUAAAUAUUGGUCAAUAAUUUUAUAUUAUAUUUAUAUAAUUAUUCCAUGUUUAAUUCAUGUAAUAUGUAUUAUAUGUGUUAUUGUAUUAUUCAUAAAAGAAAAUCAUUUUCGAAAAAUAGUUAACCAUCGCAUCUAUUUUAUUCCAUCAUUAUUUAUUAUUUUUUGUAUGCUUUUAAAUAGUUUAUAUCUAAAUUUAUUGAAUUUUUGUUUAACAUUAUCAUCAAAUUAUAAAAUUCGUUUACACAUUGUAUUUAUUUUUCUUCUUUAUACUCCACAAAUAUUAACGUACAUAAUUUAUGUUAUGCCCAAUAAUUUUUAUGUUAAAGAAUUUUAUCAAAUAUGGUUGUUUAGAAAAUUAUGUUUUUGUUUCUAUAACAAAAGACGACAUAUACAAAAAUUUGAAGUUUUACGUAUGUUAUGGACACGGCGAACAUCGUUAGAAACUAUUAAAACAAUAUCUACUCUUGAUGAUAUUUGUAUUGACAGUGAAUGCUAUAAAAAAAUUAAAAUGGAAUUUUAA